AUCGCAGAGCACAGGAUGGGUAUCUCAUUUCUUCUGUUAAUUGUAGGGCUUUGCUGGGCACAGUACAACCCUAAUACUCUCCUUGGGAGGACAUCUAUCGUACAUCUCUUUGAAUGGCGCUGGGCCGAUAUUGCUCUUGAGUGUGAGCGCUAUUUAGCUCCUUAUGGAUUCGGAGGAGUUCAGGUAUGUCUACCUGCUGAGAUAUUGAGGGUCUAUGUGGGACCCUGGUGGGAAAGAUACCAGCCCAUCAGCUACAAACUCUGCACUCGGUCGGGAAAUGAAGACGAGUUCAGAGACAUGGUGACCAGAUGCAACAACGUUGGAGUGCGCAUUUAUGUGGAUGCUGUGGUCAACCACAUGUGUGGCUCCGGGGGUGGCUCAGGCACUCAUUCUACCUGCGGAAGCUACUUUAAUGCUGGCAAAAGAGAUUUUCCAGCUGUGCCAUACUCUGGCUGGGAUUUCAAUGAUGGCAAAUGUAAAAGUGGAAGUGGAGAAAUUGAAAGUUACAGUGAUACCUAUCAGGUGCGGGACUGUCGCUUGUCUGGCCUUCUUGAUCUGGCCCUGGAGAAGGACUAUGUCCGCUCAAAAGUUGCUGAGUACAUGAACCAUCUCAUUGAUAUUGGCGUAGCAGGCUUCCGAAUUGAUGCUGCCAAGCAUAUGUGGCCUGGGGACAUUAAAGCAUUUCUGGACAAGCUGAAAGAUCUAAAUACUCAGUGGUUUUCUGGAGGAACAAGACCUUUCAUAUACCAAGAGGUAAUUGACUUGGGUGGAGAGCCGAUCACAGGCAGUGAGUACUUUGGAAACGGCCGAGUGACGGAAUUCAAAUACGGUGCCAAACUGGGGACGGUGAUCCGCAAGUGGAAUGGAGAAAAGAUGGCUUACUUAAAGAACUGGGGAGAAGGCUGGGGCUUUGUGCCUUCCGACAGAGCCCUGGUCUUUGUGGAUAAUCACGACAACCAGCGGGGGCACGGGGCCGGUGGGGCUUCCAUUCUGACCUUCUGGGACGCCAGGCUUUACAAAAUGGCAGUCGGUUUCAUGCUCGCUCAUCCGUAUGGGUUCACACGUGUGAUGUCAAGUUUCCGCUGGCCACGAAAUUUUGUAAACGGACAGGACGUCAAUGACUGGGUUGGACCACCAAGUAACUCAGAUGGAUCAACAAAGGCUGUUACGAUCAACGCAGACACUACCUGUGGCAAUGACUGGGUUUGUGAACAUCGCUGGCGUCAAAUCAGGAACAUGGUUGUCUUCCGUAACGUGGUGGACGGUCAGCCUUUCUCCAACUGGUGGGACAAUGGCAGCAACCAAGUAGCUUUUGGCCGUGGCAAUCAAGGCUUCAUCGUUUUCAAUAAUGAUGACUGGGAUAUGAACGUCAAUUUGCAAACUGGGCUGCCUGCUGGUACCUACUGUGAUGUUAUUUCCGGAGACAAGGAGGACAACCGAUGCACUGGAAGUCAGGUGUAUGUUUCUGGGGAUGGAAUGGCUAAUUUCCAGAUUAGUAACCACGCUGAAGAUCCAUUCAUGGCAAUUCACGUUAACGCCAAGCUGUAACUCGGGAGAAACAUCCUUCUCCGUUUGGUCUCUGCGUUACCGUUUCCCCCGUAACUGGUGACUCCCUGGUAUUUGAGCAGGAGGGAUUCUCUGUAUCUAGUGAAUAAUAAAUGGCAAGCAAAUUGAA